GAACUCUAAAUGGAGACAUUGCUGCUGGCUCUUAUUUGAUGAAGCUAGAAAGAUAGUUCAUUACAUUAAAGAAACGUCUGAGGGAUCCAGAAAACCACCAGCUAGACAUCAGACACUUGAAAAUUGAGCUUUUAAGCCACUUCACAUUAUUGAAACUACAAUUCAUUUCAUUUGAUAAUAAAAAGAAUAACAUUUUUUAGGCUAUUGUGGUAUCUUUCUCUUCUCUGUUAUGUCGAAACUACACGUCGAGUUGAAAGGAAGUUUGCGAGAAAUCAAAGUCAUAAGCGACGUUGUUCGUUUCCUCAACUUGUUAAUAAGCUUUAAAGAGUUUCUUAAAUCACAACAGCCUAUAUUUCCAAAUUCCUUUGGAAAACCGAAUACCGAUGCUGGAAACCUUUUGGAUAAUCUAAAGUUGCUGUUUGAUCAUAACAAGGCCUUCUCUAAAUAUGUCAUAGAAAAACGGAUUUCGGAUAAUCUAAAACAGCAAGAAGCCGACCUUACUCGCGUAGUUGCUCAUGGUUGCGUAGGUUGGGAUGAUCUAAAAUGCCAAACAUUACCUACUGAUGAUUUUUCUAAGAAUCUCAUAGAAAAACGGCUUUCGGCUAAUUUAAAACAGCAAGAAAGCGAUCUUACUGGCGUGGUUGCUUAUUCCCUAGAUAUAAAGACUUGGGAUGAUCUUCUAACACACCGAAAUUUACAAACUGAUGAUUUUUCUGAGAAAUCCUCAGAGAAAGAGUCUCUGGAUAAUCCAAAGCUGCUAACUGAUCCUACCGAUGUUUCUUAUAAACAUGCCAUAAGAAAAAAAACUGCUAAAAUAGUAAAGCGUCAAUCAUUUCCUACUGAUGAUUUUUAUAAAAAUGCCAUCUACGAAAAAGCUUUGAAAAAUCCAAAACGACAAACUUCUUAUACUGAUCUUAGCGAGUUCUUAAAGAGUUCAACAAAUGUAAAAACUUCUGAAACCCUAGAACGGCUAGCAGAUCACAGUGACGUAUUUUCUGAUACAGACAUUGAAAAAGUAACAUUUGGAGAUCAGAUAUGGCUAAAGAACUUUCUUGGACUUUCUAAGAGUGGCACAGGAAAAAAACUUUUGGAUUUAUUGAAAGUUUCUGAACAAAAUAGCCAGUCUUUUAUUGAAGCUUUAUCGAGUCUGCUAUAUCAGUUAAAAUCAUCUGUUUAUCAGUUUAAAAGAUGCGAUUUGAGAGAACAUUUGCAAAAAGUUAUAAAGGAAACAGAAAACAUUAUAACUGUAAAUCCUAAAUACUGUAAAUACAAUUCUCACCCUCCAUUCCAUAAAGAGACAGAAUUUUUAAACGUACUAAGAAUUGGCCUAUGUAUUACAAACCGAUCCUGUGACGCCAAGGCUGAAAAAAUUUUGAAUUUAAUAUUCCGAAUAGGUAGUAGCCAUUCAGAUUUUUCUGUAAGAGAUAAAACUGUAAUAGGUACUUUUAUGAUAUAUGCAAUAGAUCCUAUCGAACUUUAUAUUAGAGGUGUUUUUCGUACGCAUAGAAGUAGAUCAUACACUUCUAUAAGGCGAAAAAAAUCUGCAUUGCAAAUUAUAUUUAAUGACUAUGCUAAAUAUACAUCUUUGAAAAAUAAGUCUAAAAUUUCGGAGUAUCAAAAAAUAAAAAAGAGCAUUGAAAUACUGGACAAAAUAAAUAAAAAUUGGUGCGACGAGUCAGACGAUAGCGAAGGUGGUUAUACAUCAGAUAAGCUCGCAUAAUUCAAAAUCGAAACUCAGUUUGCUGUGUUAAAAAUGAACGCAGAAAAGGACACCCGUUUCAGAAACGAUCUGAGUUGGAUCUCUACUCGCUGUGGUGCGGUAAAUGAAAGAAUUAUAAAUAAAAUCAAGAAAAUGAUUACUCCCAAUAAACUCCAAACCAGUGAAAAAACGCAUUUAUAUUCCAUUGUCGAUAGAAUUACAGAUUUCUACCCACGCCAUGAUUUGAAUAUACACAUACUGAAAAUGAUUAUUCAAGUUUUAUCAAACUGCACCUCCUUCACGCAUGGGUUAAAACCCAUGGAUAUUGCUAAUUUAUGGGAAUUCGUCGAUACAUACUUUGAACGCGUGGUUCAUAGAAGAAUUCAGUCAGAUGAUGUCAUGCGUACCAGAUCAGAUGAUGAAAUACUUAAUGGAAGACAUUUUUUGGAAUGUAUCCUGGAUCCAUCUUAUCGGGUGUACAUUGUUAGAGAAUUCACACAGAUAAUGGAGAACAUUGAAAUUGCAUUUCGAAUUUACCCCGUAAGUUUACCAAAUUUCAGGAGCAAAAUUGCAGCAGCACAUCAUUUCUUCAAGCACAAAUACGUUUCAGAAUUAAUUUUCGAGAAUAUUGAGUUAAGUGUAGGGUAUUAUUAUAAACUUAUAAAGCAACUUGUGGAACGAAUUAAGAGUAAAGGAAAUUUAAACGUACUUCCUGAUUCUAGUUUACCCAUUGAAGAAAUAGGUACAUUACAAAUUGGAAUACAUGAAUAUCGCGCAAAGCUUAUUCUCAAGAAUCAAGGAGGUGUCCUUAAUAUAGCUUCUUGCCAUUUUAAAAAAUUAAGGCACUAACUGAAAGUUAGAAAAGCAACAUUAAAAAAAUUUCAAUAGAUUUCAAUGCAUAUUUUUGAAGCUAAAGACAAAAUAAAAAUCGAACAAACAAUUACUGCUUGAAGAGAUAUGUUAAAUGAUAUCCCAUUCUUCACAAAUCAAUGAACUCUUCAUAUUUUAAUCAGAGUUAUGCAUUUAAUACUUUAAAAAGUAUAAAAUACUUAAUUUUUAUUUAAAAUUUGAAAAGUUAAAAUAAAGAAAAACAACUAUACAAACAGGACUUCAACUUCUAGAAUAUUGCAAGCAAAUUUUAGUAAAAUGAAUUAUUUUAUAUAAAAAAUGAACCUGCAAAACAUAUUAGAUCAUAAUUUUUUUCUUUUUCUUCAUAAUUAUAGGAUUUCCCCAGUUUUUUUUUUAAAAUGUAUUUAUUAUUCAUUUAGCCACCAGUGACAAUAGACUGAAUUAUUUGUAAUAAAAUUGUGUCAUUUAAAGCAGGCAAGAUGCAGGCAUAAUUUUUCAUAAUCAGAUAAUCAUAAUUUUUGAUAAUCAUAAUUUUUAUGGAUAAUUCCAUCAUUGUGUUUUUAAAGUAUAUACAAAACAAUAUUUUUGAUAUUUGUUAUUUUUACACAUUGUAUUAUAGUUGUGUUUGUUUUUAAAUCAUACUUCGUUUCCUUUUUAUCAUAAAGGAAAGACUGUUAAUAAUGAAAACAAUAACUACUAAUCAAUAUGAAUUGCAUUACAUAUUUGUAAGCUUUUAUAUUUUAGUAAUUGCUCCUUCACAAGUUUCGUUCACUAACGUUUCAGUUUUUAAAAAUUCACAGUUUCCAUUGAAUCGGAAACUAAACAAACGCUCUUGCAUUAAAAAGUGAAUUAAACACCUCGACGAAAUAAAUUGAUGAUUUUUAAAACAAAAUAUUUUCGUUUCUUAUAAAGGCUGAAACAGCAAUUGCAAAUAAAAAUUGCCAUAAAAGUAAUUCGUUUCACUUUAAUUGAGAAGCGUGUAUAAAACAAGAAAUAAGAAGGAAAAAAAAUUGUUUUCUGUUACCAGUUGCGGUUCAAAUCCCAAGUGAGUCCAAAUUAGAGAUUACAACUAUUAUAUGCAAUUAUAUUACAUUAUUAUCAUUCAAAUUUCUAACUCAUAAAGAAUAAAACGAUCGCAUAUGACUAAAUUUCCAUCUGCUUUAGUUACUGGAUGAUAUAAGAUGCAACUGUUUAAACUGCAUUGAUGUUGGCAAACUUCAAUGUAUUAAUAUUUCGAAUAGAUUUAUUAAUAAAUUGUUUUAUUAUUUGCUGA